UGCUUUUCCUUUACGCGAGGGGUGGCGGGAGAAGCUGUCCUCGCCUAGCCGGAGUUUGGACACCUUAACCUUGGAAGCUAGCGGGAGGAUUCAAGGUGAUCCCCUCCUCUGCCCCGAGCGAGCCCGCCGCGGGGCUUCCCCGGCGUCGUGGUCGCGGCCGCCCCUUGGGCUUUGCACCUGCCGCGGGGAGGGCGGCCCCUGCGGAGGCGGCCAAGGACGGCCCCUCGGCCGGCGGUUGGCUCGGCGGGAAGCCCAUGCUAAUGAGCCCGCGGGUUUAUUGCACCUGCCCGGUCGGCUCGCUUCGCCGGGACUCUCCGCUCGCCAUGCCGCGCUCUUUCUUGGUCAAGAAGCCCUCCAGCACUCGCGUCCCCAACUACGGCCAGCUGGAGACGCGCCGCCAAGAAUCCAGUGGAUUGUGCCACUCUUGGAGAGGGGCAGCAUUCCCCGUCCUCAGUCAAGAUGGCACGCCUUGUCCGGCAGCCCCCUAUGAAGCUGGUAGCCUCUGGGACCACAGUUCUGCCAUUGCCUGCCUGUCCCCACCUCUCCCACAGAGCAGUGAAACCAAAGGGGAGCCCACAUCGAGCUCCCAAGUGGGUUCUGGGAGCAGCCCUGGCGGCAGCUGGGGCUCUGCCACCCCUCUGCGUGAUAACCAGAACAACCUCAAUCUCCCGUUGGCAUUCAGCCUGUUCCAAAGGAGGACUCCCAACCUGGGCAGCCCAGCAGAGGGAAAUGGAGACAAACUGCAGGGGCCACAAGGCAUAGCUGCCAACCCCCUGGAGACGUUUGAGUGUCCGGACUGCCGCAAGGCCUACAGCACCUUCUCAGGCCUGGCCCGACACAGGCAGCAGCGCUGCAAGCUGCAGGCAACCACGGCAAGGAAGUAUUUCAACUGCAAGCACUGCGACAAGGAGUACGCCAGCCUGGGUGCCCUCAAGAUGCACAUCCGCACCCACACGCUGCCUUGCAUGUGCAAGAUCUGUGGUAAAGCCUUCUCCCGGCCCUGGCUGCUGCAGGGGCAUAUCCGAACACACACAGGUGAAAAGCCCUACGCCUGUUCGCACUGCAGCCGAGCCUUUGCCGACCGCUCCAACCUCCGUGCCCACCUGCAGACCCAUUCCGACAUCAAGAAAUACCAGUGCCACACCUGCCUGAAGACCUUCUCCCGGAUGUCCCUGCUCCUGAGGCAUGAGGAGACAGCCUGCUGCCCUGCUGCAACCUGAGAGCCAUGCUGAGCUUGGCUGGCUACCUGGAAAACGUAACCUGAGACCACUUGUGGAGAUUAGGAGGAGAGCCCCGGACGUCCUGCGUCCUG